CGGCUGCCAAAAAAAAAAAAGACGAAGCAGGAGCUGAUGGUGCCGCUCAUACGUAGCUGUCCAGUGUUUUCAUAGCGGAAGUAGCUGCUUUCUGUCUCCGCGGGUUGUGUAUAACAAAAUGGCAUUGAGAGCAGCGCUGAGAAGCAAGUGCGGUUUACCAGGUCUUCUCUCCCAGCUGUCCUCCCACAGCAGUCAUGCCAGAGUGUGUGUGUCUCCUGUCCUUGUCGCUCAGCAGAGGAACAACUCCACCACACCUAAGGUCAAAGUGGAGUUUGACCAAAGCACCGGUGUGGCAGUGAUGCACAUGCAGAGUCCUCCUGUCAACAGCCUCAGUUUAGAUUUCCUGACAGAGUUCUGCAUCAAUGUGGAGAAGCUGGAGAUGGAUAAGACCUGCAGAGGCCUCAUCAUCACCUCGAGCCAGCCUAAGGUGUUCUCAGCCAGGCUGGACAUUAUGGAGAUGUACGGGAAGAGUCCAGAGCGCUGUGGAGAGUUCUGGAGAGCCGUUCAGGAGAUGUGGCUGAAACUCUAUAGCUCAGACAUGGUCACCAUAGCUGCAAUCAAUGGUUCCAGUCCUGCAGGUGGCUGUCUCAUGUCUUUGACCUGUGACUACAGGAUAAUGGCGGACAACCCUCGUUACAGCAUCGGCCUUAAUGAGACACAGCUCGGCAUCGUAGCACCUUUUUGGUUUAAGGACACAAUGGUAAAUACAGUGGGACACCGAACCACAGAGCUAGCCCUGGAGCUGGGACUGCUCUACAGCCCUUCAGAGGCCCUCAAGGUAGGACUGGUAGACCUGCUGGUACCUGAAGAUGAGGUCCUCACCACAGCCACGAAGACCAUGACCAAGUGGUUGGCUAUCCCAGACCACGCCAGACAGAUCACCAAGUCCAUGAUGAGGAAGCCAACCAUCGACAAGCUGACAUCCAAGAGAGAGGCUGACAUCCAAAACUUUGUCAGCUUUAUCACCAAAGACUCCAUUCAGAAGUCACUCCGCAUGUACCUGGAGAUGCUCAAAAAGAGAAGGGGCUAGAGGAGUGUGGGGAGCCUAUAAAAUGACACUGACAUAAACACAUUUUAGGGACAUUUUGACACUAGUUUAACACAUUCACUGUCACGUGUUCCUUGGCGUCAAUUAUGCUGGAAUCCUCACAUACAGCUCUCGGCAGCUCAUCUUCGUAACAGUGCCUAAUCGGCAAAGAACCACGUUUACCACAGCGCUGUCUGAUCUUCUGACACCAGACAGUAACCUAGCUAGCUCAGGGGAGACCUGCCCAGGAUUGACGCUAAUGAUCCAGUGACAAAUAGUUUCUCUUCAACUUUCUAAGAAGUUCAGUUAAAAAGUAACAUUAAAAAUUUAAAUAUAGUUUCAAACUUUACUUUAUGGUUAUUUUGAGAUGAGUAAAUAAUUCUUUUAAUUGACUGUGCUCUAAGCCCUGCCCUCCACUGUUACACUGCUCUGUCCUGUCUCAUACACAUGCAGCACAUGGGCAGUUUAUUGUAGCAGUGGCUGAUUUACCGCUCCAAACAAUGCAUCUCCAAAUAGCCAUAAGUGAGCGAGUACACAGACCCAUGCGCUCAUUUCUGACCAAGAGCAGUGUAUAUGACAACUUCUGCUAGCAGCCUAUAGUGUGACUUGUUAUUGUUUCUAGCUCACUCUUUUUUUGCAUCCUCAAACAGAGCAGCACUGCUCAUGUGAAGCUGAUUUGAGGAUCAGUACACACUCUCAUCACUAUUGAAAUGCCAGUUAUCCCUCUUACUACAGCCCCAUUCACACUUACACAUGUGGAGAAAUCCAAAGUUUGACAGGUCUGCCAUGCCUAGCUACAGUUGUUUGGGGGUCACUGUCUGGGUGGAGAGGUUUAGCAAACAGUCAAUUGUCAUAGGUCUUCACUAUCUAAAGUGCCUAGCCUUACUGUACCUUCCAGAGCCAUAACAACUAAUGAAAGUAACCUUGGGUACAUUUGAACAGCCUACAGUGGUGAAGCCUUUGUCAUCUCUUUGUCUACAUGUAUUUUUUCUGACUGCGUUCUGUGAAUAAAUGGGUGGAAUCAUGUCA